AACCCUGCGUUUUGCGGAGGUCUGUAAUUUGCUCCAGAUGACCACUUGAGGCCGGGAUAUGGAUCAUUCUGGCGAGGUGAGCGUUUCCUCACACGGCAUGACAGCGCAGCGCACAAAUUAACUUAUUCUAUGGACAGCACUGUUUAGCCAUGGAUCCAGAUACCUUUUCACACUAAACUAAGUGCAGGACAACUUUCCUCCACAAUGACGCAGCAACAAGUGGAUAAUUGACAUAGGUAUCGGACGCCAAAGUGAGAGUGGAGAGUCGGGGUAACUGCACUUGAACACAAAGGGGGGAAUGCCGCAUCAGAAGCUUGUGCCAACUGCCGUUUGGGAAUGGAUACUGGUAACUUCGUGGGUUUCAUCUGCUUUCUCCUUUUCUCUUGUGACGGGUUCCUCUCGCCUUCACCCGCCAGCGGCUUCUGUCCUGAGCGCUGCGACUGCCAGCAAGCACAGCACAUCCUCUGCACAAACCGGGGGCUGCGCGCGGUGCCCAAGGUGCACUCCUCGCGGGUCCCAGAGGACGUGCUUGUCUUCAGCCUCGGGGGAAACUUCAUCGGUAACAUCUCCGCCUUCGACUUCACACGGUAUGGAAAUCUUAUAAGGUUGAACUUACAAUAUAAUCAAAUACAGACCAUUCACCCUAAAGCAUUUGAUAAGCUCUCCAAAUUGGAGGAGUUGUAUUUGGGCAACAAUCUGAUAUCAACAAUACCCCCAGGAACGUUACAGUCACUGACAAAACUGACAACUUUGAAUGGCAAUAACAAUUACAUUAAGAAGAUCACUCCAGAGCUGUUUGGUAACUUGGAGAGCGUUGUGAAGCUGAGGUUGGAUGGGAACGCCAUAGAACUGUUACAGGACUCGGUGUUCAAGAGCUUGACUAAUCUGCAUUAUCUCCAUCUAGAAUCGAACCAGCUGAGUCACAUUCACAGAAAUGCCUUUUCCAAGCUCACCAAACUGCGCUUUCUCAACCUGGCGCAGAACAAACUGACAGCCGUGCUUAAUGUGUUUACGUUCUCCCAGCUCAGGUCACUGAAUACCUUGCUGCUCGCUGAAAAUGAAAUACAACUCGUCGGAAACCACGUCUUUCAGAAUCUGAAAAAGCUUUCUAAACUAUCCCUCAGCAAUAACAAAAUCUACCAUUUGGAAAGCGAGGCUUUGAAAGGACUGUCGAGCUUGACAGAAUUUCUGAUUGAUGGGAACGAGCUGGAGGAUCUUCCCGCAGGACUUCUCGACCCGCUGGAGAGAGUCGAGGAGCUGGACUUUAGUCGCAACCAAAUUUCCACCGUGGACCCCUCGGCUUUUGAACAACUGAAGCACUUGAGUGUUUUAAAACUCAAAGACAACCGGCUCACGAGCCUCUCCGGUAACAUCUUCGCCCUCAACAGCGGCCUUUACGAUUUGGAUCUCCAUGGCAACAACUGGACGUGUGACUGCCAGCUGGGCGAGCUGAAGCAGUGGAUGAAGUCGGCACACUCUCAGGGGAAGCUGCUGGCCGUUUUCGUGCAGUGUCAUCACCCUGCUACACUGAGGGGGAAGUAUUUAGAUUAUAUCAACAGCUCCCAGCUGCAGCCCCCGGGGAACUUGAGCCACUUGUGUGAGACCCAAACUGGGCCUGAGGAGAGCAGAGGAGGGGGUGUCCUGGAGAAGGAGCUGGAGGACAGGAUGAUGAGAGAGGGAGAGGAGAGGGAGAGAGUGCAGGGUGAGGUGAGGAAGGAGAUAGAGGGGGAGAGGAGAGGAAUAGAGGUGGGUAGAGAGGGAGUGGAGAUGAAGGCAAUAGAGAAGGUGAGCAGGGGUAGAGAGGAAGAGCAUAGGAAGGAGGGAGAGAAGGAGGUGGGUAUCCAAGGGGACCAGGGAGGGCAAGAGGAGCGGGACAAAUCCCUGUCGUCGGAAAGGAAGAGGAGGAAGAAAAUAUCCGCCAGCCCCAGGUCGCGACCUUCUGCUGAGGCUUCUGGGAAGCGUGAGAAAGGGAGGUGGGAUUCCGUUCCAGGCCGCAGCGUUCCUCAAACACAAGCCCCUCCCCUCAACAACCCCACGCCCCCAACCACAACCACAACCCGGCCUCAGACAGUUGACAACCAAAAUAGCCAUGGUAACCAUCUCAGUUGGCCAAUCACAGAGCUCCUCACCACCUCUCCUCCCACCCCUCGAAAAGAGGAGCGAUUCGACCUGCUCAGAGGGGGUCCUGGGGAUGGUAUACCUGCAGUGACAGACCCCUGUGUGUUCAACCGCCACUUCAUCACCAACGUGACCGUCGACCAGGUCGCCUCCAGCACGGCCACGGUCCGCUGGACCACACGCGACUAUAGCCGCUUCACACCGGGAGCCGGACCGGGAAUAGAAGAGGUCCACUACCGAGUGCUGUUCGACCGCUUUGGGUCGUCUGACCGUUUCCCUCGGUACGUGUACGCCCGUGGCGGGGCGCGGUCGGUGAUGUUACGAGAACUCAGCCCAGACGUCACCUACAUGGUUUGUGUUGAGGGGGUGGUGGGAGGGUCUGUGUGUCAGGUGGCUCCCAGGGACCACUGUGCCGGAUUGGUCACUCUCCCAGAAGAGGCUCAUCACCAAGAGACACUGACCUCUGACCUCCAACUGGUCACCGUGGCAACACUGGCCGGCAAUGCCGUCCUCCUUCUGGUGAUUGGAGGAGUCUGGCUGGGGCGGGGUUUGAGGCGGAAGCUGAAAAGGAGGAAGUCAGCGGUGCACGUGCGUCACAUGUACUCCACGCGGCGACCGUUCCGCAGCUCCAUGACAACAACGGCGGCGGUGUCAACAGACUUCACAAGCUUCCAGAGCAGCCGGCCACCAUGGCUCGGAACCCUGGAGGAAGGGGGCGACCUUAUAGAGUUCCCCUGCGACCGUUUCCUUGACAACAGCCCCACCCGUAGAGACAACAGUGACAUGCAGAGGUUCUCUGAUUAAUAGAACCCCAGAGACCUAGAACUUGAAAACAUGUUUGCGCUGUGACCCUCUUAAGCUCUAGACUAUAAAAUGUUAUUGUGAGCCAUUAGAUAAUCCAACAGUAGAACCCAUAUCUAGACCCUGAGAACACCAAGACGCCAUCACAAGGAAGGAACAUCCUCAGGAGAAUGUAUAAGAUGCUGCAGAGACAGAGACAGAAGUGGACUGGUAUUUAACCUGCACUCUAGAGCACUUCAUGACCAUAGCAGGACCACAGCCAGGGUUGUGUUAUGACUAUAGAACCACAAGGUUAUAUUCAUGACCACAGAACCACAGUAAGGUUGUGUUCAGGCAAUAUGACCAUAUGACCACAGUUAUAGUUCUGUUCAUGCGUUAUGACCAUAGGACCACAGCUAUAGUUGUGUUCAUGGGUUAUGACCAUAUGACCACAGUUAUAGUUGUGUUCAUGGAUUAUGACCAUAUGACCACAGUUAUAGUUGUGUUCAUGGGUUAUGACCAUAUGACCACAGUUAUAGAUGUGCUAUGACCACAGCAGAACCACAGUUAUAGAUGUGUUAUGACCAAAGUUGUCUUUAUGGGCGACCAAAUAGCUGAGCUCAUCAGGGCUGAUUCAGACACUACAGGAAGUCAAUCCCACAGACUUCCUCUAAUCCUCAUGCAUUUCCUGUUCCAUUGCCUUGCACCUGUAUGUGUGUGUGUGUGUGUGUGAGAGAGAGAGAGAGAGAGAGAGAGUAAAUAUUACCUGAUUUCAUCUGGUGCUAAUAUUAGACUAAUAGACAUUCAUUUUUGUACAAUUGCGUAUAAAAUGUCAUUUCUAAUGUGCCUGAAAAUGCAAGAAAGGAUAGCUGCUGGUUGGCAGAAAUAAUUAUCCGGUUUUAUAUGUUGUUUUUAUACUUUUAUACUCAACUAUGUAUUGUGCUAUGAGUACAAGUAAGUAACCAUGCAUUUCCUGACUGUGUGACUGUUGGACAUAUGACCCAUUUGUCUGAAUGAAAAGAAAGACCGAUGCCUUUGCAAAUAAUGGUGUAAGUCCUUUGUUCAUAUGGUUCCGAUACAAAUAAAGAAACAGAUAUUACAGUUGUGGUAUU